AUGAAUCAAUGGUUGAGAAAAAAAGUAAGUNAAGGUGCAGGGGAUGAUUCAGCAGCAGAAAGUGAAUAUGUAAGUGGUUUCUGCAUAGAAAGAAAGAUUGAUUUAACAAGUCACAUCAAAUGGUGGGGAUCUAAUAAGACUCGACAUUCUGACUCUGGGACAAGAUUAUCAUCGGAAGAAAAAAAGCUUGGUUCUGCUGGAGAUAUUUGCAGUGAGCUAAAGCAAUUGGAACAGAAAGUUCAACCUACAGAACCUUAUCAGAUGCCACAGUUAGGAAGGCCACACAAUGAGAAAAAGCAAAGAAGUUCUUCAGUCUCUGCCUUAAGGAUUCUUUCUCAAUCUGCUGCUUACAAGAGCUUGCAGGAGAAAGCGUCAAAGAGACAGGAAAAUAGUAUUGAUAACGAUGAGAAUGAAAACAAAAAUACAGUCAACAAAUUGGAUCAUGGAAAGGCAGUUGAGAAACCAUCAAAUCAUGAUGGAGGCAGUGAUCGGCUUGACAUUGCAAUGGGAAUGAGUGGGACAAUGCCUCUUCAAAGAAAUAUCUACCCUUUGACGCCAUUCUUGUCAGCACCACUUUUGACAGCUUACAAUACUGUUGAUCCAAUGGUAGAUCCUGUUCUCUGGACAUCUCUUGUUCCCGUACUUCCUGCCGGCCUUUCUCGUACAGAUGAGGUUACCAAGACAGAGACCAGUUCAACGUACACAAUGUUUCAGCCAGAGGAAUGAUUGGACAUUUGAAUUUCUAAUCGAAAAAUGGCUUAAAGACAAAGCACCUGAAAGCUGAGCCCUGUAUCAAACAAAAGAACAGCGUAUUGGUCUGAAGUGCUCAAGCAGGUCUACCAAGAGAAUGCUCCCAUGGCUUUUUUUGCAAGAUUACAUGGGUUUUUAGAGGUCAGAGAAAAUAAUAUAUUUACGGUGGUUUUUCAUCGAUGAUACAAUAUAGAAUUAGCCGAAUAUUUUCAUUUAAAGUCAGAUAUGUAUCAGUUAACAUCUCCUUCAUGUAUAUGCAAUCAGAGUUAGAUAA